GUUGCGUUGUGUUUUUCUCUCCUUCGCCAGAAGAGCAUCUGGAUUCCACGCAGCAGCAGGCGCCGCUCACGAAGCCUCAGAGACCUCUUCAACCCAUAAAACCAUUCGACGAGGGAGUUGCAGGUGGCAGCGGCUGGAGUGUCACCCGUUUUCCCACACCUCGAUGGAGCAAAGCGCCGCUCGCCAUCAUGAAAGAACUCCCUCCGUGGAUUACGGACUGGAUGAGGCGUCACAACAGACGAGGGGCGCCUACAAAGACGGCCCAAGAAGCACGCGACAUGGAAGAAGAAGUAGAAGAUGAAGACGAAGCAAUGGACACAGGCCACAUGGAGCCCGAGACCGGCACCGCCAACCCCCUGUGGAUGAAUCAGGAAUCAAUUGGAUGUCCCGAGUCAUCUGCUUUCACCAGAGAAAAAGUAUCUUCUUCCCAAGCCACGCCUUCCACAUCUGCGCCACGAGGAGAUGGCACAUUAGCACAGGAAUACCACACAGCAGCACAAGCAGAUGGCACAGCAGCACAAGCAGAUGGCGUAACAGAAGGAGAUGCUGUAGCAGGAGGAGAUGAUAUAACAGAAGGCGAUGAUAUAACAGAAGAUGAUGACAUAACAGAAGAUGAUGACAUAACAGAAGAUGAUUACAUAACAGAAGAUGAUGACAUAACAGAAGAUGAUGACAUAACAGAAGAUGAUGAUGUAGCAGGAGAUGGUGUAGCACAAGAAGAUGACAUAGCAGAAGGAGAUGAUGUAGCACAGGAAUACCACACAGCAGCACAAGCAGAUGGUGUAAGCACACAAGCAGAUUUAGUAGUACAAGAAGAUGAUGUAGCACAAGCAGAUGGUUGUAGCACAGGAGGAGAUGAUGUAGCACAGGAGAUGAUGUAG